CGAAGGAUGGCAGAAGGGGGAGAGGGAGAGGAGGAGAUUCAGUUCCUGCGAACGGAUGACCAGGUCUGUCUGCAGUGCACUGCCUCCGUCCUGAAGGAGCAGCAGAUUAAACUAUGUCUGUCCUGCGAGGGCUUCGGGAACCGUCUCUGCUUCCUGGAAACCACAUCCAACGCUCAGAAUGUGCCCCCGGACCUGGCCAUAUGUGCCUUCAUUCUGGAGCAGUCCCUGUCGGUCCGCGCUCUGCAGGAGAUGCUGGCCAACACGGUGGAGAUGACUGAUGCAGUCGAUUUGGACCAAUGGUCGUCCCAAGGUGGAGGUCAUCGUACCUUACUGUACGGCCACGCCAUCCUUCUGAGGCACUACCACUCAGGCAUGUACCUGAGCUGUUUGACUACAUCUCGGUCACUCACGGACAAGCUGGCCUUUGACGUGGGCUUACAAGAAGACUCCACUGGUGAGGCCUGUUGGUGGACCAUUCAUCCAGCCUCCAAGCAAAGGUCAGAAGGUGAAAAGGUCAGGGUGGGAGAUGACCUCAUCCUUGUGAGCGUGUCCUCUGAGAGAUACCUGCACUUAUCCUACGCCAGUGGGGAUCUGAUGGUGGAUGCUUCCUUCAUGCAGACUCUGUGGAACAUGAAUCCAAUUAGUUCAGGAUGUGAACUUGCUGAGGGGUUCCUGACAGGAGGUCACGUUCUCAGGCUGUUCCACGGCCACAUGGAUGAGUGUCUGGCCAUCGCCACGCCAGAGGAAGGAGAGGAAAAGCGCAGGGUGGCUCACUAUGAAGGCGGUGCUGUGUGCAGUCAGGCUCGAUCCCUGUGGAGGUUGGAGCCUCUCAGAAUCUGCUGGAGCGGUGGCCACAUGAAAUGGGGGCAGUCUUUCCGUAUUCGCCACAUCACCACAGGCCGGUACCUGUGUAUGGAUGAGGAGAAGGGUCUGUUGGUGGUUGACCCGGAGAAGGCCAACACCAAACUAUCCGCUUUCUGCUUCCGUGCUUCGAAGGAGAAGUCAGAGGUGGCUCAGAAGCGUGAUGUUGAGGGGAUGGGCAUUCCAGAGAUAAAGUACGGAGAGUCCAUGUGCUUUGUCCAGCAUGUGUCCACAGGCCUGUGGCUCACAUACGCCGCCCUGGAUGCCAAGGCUGCUCGUCUGGGAAUGAUGAAGAGAAAGGUCAUUCUGCACCAGGAGGGCCACAUGGACGAUGCCCUGACUGUGUCCCGCUCCCAAACUGAAGAGUCUCAGGCAGCUCGAAUGAUUUUCAGCACUAUGGGCCUCUUCAGGCAGUUCAACAAGGGUUUGGACUCUCUGGGUGGAAAGAACAAGUCUCCAGGUUCUGUGUCGCUCCCUCUUGAGGGGGUCAUCCUCUCUCUUCAGGAUCUCAUCUUCUACUUUAGUCCUCCUGACGAGGAACUGGAGCACGAGGAGAAACAGACCAAACUUCGCUCCCUCCGCAACCGGCAGAACCUCUUCCAAGAGGAGGGAAUGAUCACCAUCGUGCUGGAGUGCAUCGACCGCCUCAACGUCUACAACACUGCUGCGCACUUUUCUGAAUUUGCUGGAGAGGAAGCUGCAGAGUCCUGGAAGGAGAUUGUCAACCUUCUUUAUGAGCUGCUGGCUUCCCUCAUUAGAGGGAACCGCUCUAACUGCGCGCUCUUCUGUGACAACCUGGACUGGCUGGUCAGCAAGCUGGACCGUCUGGAAGCCUCUUCAGGUAUUCUCGAGGUGCUGUACUGUGUGCUGAUUGAAAGCCCCGAGGUUCUGAACAUCAUCCAGGAGAACCACAUUAAAUCCAUCAUCUCUCUCCUGGACAAGCAUGGAAGGAACCACAAGGUCUUGGAUGUCUUGCGCUCUCUGUGUGUGUGUAAUGGUGUAGCUGUGAGGUCCAACCAGAACCUCAUCACUGAAAAUCUGCUCCCGGGUCGUGACCUCUUGCUGCAGACCAACAUUGUGAACUAUGUCACCAGUGUAAGACCCAACAUCUUCCUGGGUACAUGUGAGGGAUCCACCCAGUAUAAGAAAUGGUACUUUGAGAUGAUGGUGGACUACGUGGAACCCUUCGUGACGGCGCAGGCCAGCCACCUGCGAGUGGGCUGGGCCAUGACGGAGGGCUACAGCCCGUACCCCGGAGGAGGAGAGGGGUGGGGGGGAAACGGGGUGGGAGACGACCUCUACUCCUACGGCUACGAUGGACUGAUGCUGUGGUCAGGUACCGUGCCUCGGCAGGUGGCUUCACCAAGCCCACACACUCUGCAUGCAGAUGAUGUGGUCAGCUGCUGUCUGGAUCUGAGCGUGCCCAGCAUCUCCUUCCGUAUUAACGGACACCCGGUUCAGGGCAUGUUUGAAAAUUUCAACGUGGACGGCCUCUUCUUCCCUGUCAUCAGCUUCUCUGCUGGAGUCAAGGCUCGCUUCCUCCUCGGUGGUCGUCAUGGAGACUUCAAGUUCAUGCCCCCGCCUGGCUACGCUCCGUGCUACGAGGCUCUGCUGCCCAGAGAGAGGAUGCGUAUCGAACCCAUCAAGGAGUACAAGCACGACUUUGAAGGUGUGCGCAACCUGCUGGGCCCCACCCUGUCCCUCACCCACACCUCCUUCACCCCCUGCCCCGUGGACACUGUUCAGAUUGUGUUGCCACCCCACUUGGAGCGUAUCCGAGAGAAGCUGGCAGAGAAUAUCCACGAGCUGUGGGCUGUCACCCGUAUCGAGCAGGGCUGGACCUACGGCAGUUUCAGGGACGACAACAAGAAACUUCAUCCUUGUCUGGUGGACUUCCAGAGUCUCCCUGAACCAGAGAGGAACUACAACCUGCAGAUGUCUGGAGAGACUCUCAAGACUCUCCUGGCUCUGGGUUGCCACGUCGGUAUGGGUGAUGAGAAAGCAGAGGAGAAUCUUAAGAAGAUCAAGCUGCCCAAGACCUAUGUGAUGACCAAUGCAUACAAGCCUGCCCCCCUUGACCUCAACCAUGUCAAACUGACACCAAACCAGAACCAGCUUGUAGAAAAACUAGCAGAAAACGGGCAUAAUGUUUGGGCAAGGGAUCGGGUACGACAAGGAUGGACCUACAGUAUUGUGCAGGACAUCUUGAAUAAGCGAAACCCUCGUCUGGUACCGUACAACCUGCUGGACGAGAGAACUAAGAAAACGAACCGAGACAGUGUUAACAACGCUGUCCGCACCCUCAUUGGUUAUGGCUACAACAUCGAGCCUCCAGAUCAGGAGAGCUCUGGCCAUGGCCUUGAGAACACCCGCGGUGACAAGGUACGGAUCUUCAGGGCAGAGAAGUCGUACGCCAUCACCCAGGGGAAGUGGUACUUUGAGUUCGAGGCCGUAACGACGGGAGAGAUGAGAGUCGGCUGGGCUCGUCCCAGUGUCCGCUCCGACACUGAGCUGGGAGCAGAUGAACUGGCUUACGUCUUUAACGGCAAUAAGGCUCAAAGAUGGCAUAUUGGCAAUGAACCCUUCGGUCGCCAGUGGCAGUCUGGAGAUGUCGUUGGUUGUAUGAUCGACCUCACUGAGAUGAACAUCAUGUUUACACUCAACGGAGAAAUGUUGAUCAGUGACUCUGGCUCGGAGAUGGCGUUCAAAGACAUUGAAGUUGGGGAAGGUUUUAUACCAGUGUGUGCGCUGGGCCUGUCUCAGGUUGGAAGGAUUAAUCUUGGGCAGAAUGUCAGCAGCCUGCGUUACUUUGCCAUCUGUGGCCUGCAGGAAGGAUUCGAACCUUUUGCCAUCAAUAUGAAGCGAGACAUCACCAUGUGGUUCAGUAAAAGUUUGCCCCAGUUCGUGCCUGUACCAACAGAUCACAAUCAUAUUGAGGUGUCCCGUGUGGACGGGACUGUGGACAGUGCCCCCUGUCUAAAGCUGACUCAUCGGACCUUUGGCUCGCAGAACGCCAACACCGACAUGAUGUUCCUCAGACUCAGCAUGCCCGUCCAGUUCCACGAGACCUUCAAGAUCACAGCAGGCACAACUCCUCUCACCCGUGCCCUCACCAUCCCUGAGGAGGAGGUGAUCGUGGUGGAGCCCGACUCAGAGUUUGAAGUUCUGAAGAAGUCUGCCGGACGAAAGGAGCAGGAGGACGACAAGAAGGAGCCGUCUGUCGCUAAGGAGAUCUCUAUGGAAAAUGAGAAGGACACAAUGUCAGAAAAGGGGAAGAAAAGAGGAUUCUUCCAAAAGGCCAAGAAGGCUGCCAUGUCAUCUCCUCUCGGUCCUCCUCCUGCCCCUCCCACGGUGCCACGUUUGGUGGAAGAUGUGGUCCCAGAUGACAGAGAUGACCCUGAGAUCAUCCUGAAUACCACCACUUAUUACUAUUCUGUGAGGAUCUUCGCCGGGCAGGAGCCUUCUGGUGUGUGGAUCGGUUGGGUCACUCCGGACUACCACCAGUAUGAUCCGACCUUUGACCUCUCCAAAGUGCGCAGUGUCACUGUUACUGUGGGGGAUGACAGAGGCAACAUACACGACAGUAUGAAGCACAGUAACUGUUACAUGGUGUGGGGAGGAGACCUGGUCAGCAACCAGCAGACCCGCUUCAGCCAGGAGGACAUGGUGGUCGGCUGCCUGGUCGACCUGGCAACAGGUCUCAUGACUUUCACAGCCAAUGGGAAGGAGAUUAACACAUUCUACCAGGUGGAGCCCAACACCAAGCUGUUCCCUGCUGUCUUCGUUCAGCCCUCCAAUCAGAACAUGGUGCAGCUCGAGCUGGGCAAGCUCAAGAACAUCAUGCCCAUCUCUGCAGCCAUGUUCCGCAGCGAGCGUACCAACCCGGUCCCCCAGUGCCCUCCCAGGCUGGAUGUCCAGAUGCUGACCCCAGUUAUCUGGAGUAGAAUGCCCAAUCACUUCCUCAACCCAGAGGUGGGCAGAGUGAGUGAGAGGCUGGGCUGGAUGGUGGAGUGUACUGAACCUCUCAUCAUGAUGGCUCUGCACAUCCCAGAGGAGAACAGGUGUAUCGACAUCCUGGAGCUGUCAGAACGUCAGGACCUGAUGAAGUUCCACUACCACACCCUCAUGCUCUACUGCGCUGUCUGUGCACUCGGCAAUAACCGAGUGGCCCAUGCUCUGUGCAGCCAUGUGGAUGAAUCCCAGCUUUUCUACGCCACUGAGAACACCUACCUCCCUGGACCUCUCCGCAGCGGCUACUACGACCUGCUCAUCAGCAUCCACCUGGAGUCUGCUAAACGGGCACGCCUGGGCACCAACAGAGAGUUUAUUGUCCCCAUGUCUGAAGAGACUCUCAGCAUCAACCUCUAUCCUGAUGCAAAGAAGGCCCAUUCUCUCCCUGGUGUCGGCCUAACCACCUGCUUACGGCCCAAGCUGCAUUUCUCAUCCAUCAACUUUGUUGGCACAGACCCUGACUUGUAUACCCUUAGUCCCAUUUUCCCCCUGCAGGCACUGAAGACCAGGGCGAUUAGCAUGCUAACAGAGGCUGUGCUGGAUGGGAGUCAGGCUAUGAGGGAUCCAGUAGGAGGCAGUGUGGAGUUCCACUUCGUCCCGAUCCUAAAGCUGAUCAGUACGCUGCUCAUCAUGGGCAUCUUCAACGACGAGGACACCAAGCAUAUCCUCAAGAUGAUUGAUCCAAAUGUCUUCAGUGGAAAGGAAGAGGAGGAGGAGGAGGGGGAGAAGGCUGGAGAGGGAGAAGGUGAGGAAGAAAAGGAGGAAACUGAUGCCGAGCUUGAGGAUGAAGGGGUCGGUGAGGAGGAAGAGGAGGAGCUGAAAGAUUUAGAAGAGCAUAAGGAGGAAGAAGCGGAGCCUAAGGAGGAAGGAGAGGAGGAGGAGAAGGAGGAAGGAGAGGCCAAAGGAGGAAAGGUGGAUGGAGAGAUGGCAGAGGAGGAGAAGGAGGCAGAGGCAGGAGAGGCCGAAGCAAAAGAGGAGGAGGAGGGUCUGGAGGAGGGAUUACUGCAGAUGAAGCUACCUGAAUCUGUCAAACUGCAGAUGUGCACACUCCUGCAGUACUUCUGCGACUGCGAGCUGCGACACAGAGUGGAAGGCAUCGUGGCGUACUCCGACGGGUUCGUCAAUAAUAUUCAGACGAACCAACGCGUUCGUUACAACCUGUUGAUGAGAGCUUUCACCAUGUCGGCUGCUGAGACCGCACGCAAGACCCGGGAGUUCCGUUCACCGCCACAGGACCAGGUUCUUUUGCUGACCAACUUCAAGCACAGUCCAGAAGACGAGUUAAGUCCAGUUCCUGAGGAGGUGCGAGACAGUCUGGCCGAGUUCCACACCGACCUCCUGCUGCACUGCGGUAUACAUAUUGAGGAGGAGACACAGGAGGAAGAGGUGGACUCGUCACUGAGGGGGAGACUCAUCAGUCUGGUCGAUAAGAUCAAGAGCUUGCGCAAGAAGGAGGAGGAGGAGAAGCCAGAGGUCGAGGAGGAAGUAAAACCAAGCACGCUUCAGGAGCUGAUCUCCCACACCAUGAUCCACUGGGCCCAGGAGUCCUUCAUCCAGAACCCGGAGCUGGUUCGUCUGAUGUUCAGCCUGCUACACAGGCAGUACGACGGCCUCGGAGAGCUGAUCCGAGCGCUGCCCAAAGCCUACGCCAUCAAUGCCGUGUCCGUUCAGGACACCAUGGACCUGCUGGAGUGUUUGGGACAGAUCCGUUCGCUGCUUAUUGUCCAGAUGGGCCCAGAGGAGGAGAGGCUCAUGAUCCAGAGCAUUGGGAACAUCAUGAACAACAAGGUGUUCUACCAACACCCCAAUCUGAUGAGAGCUCUCGGGAUGCAUGAGACUGUCAUGGAAGUGAUGGUUAAUGUGUUGGGCGGAGGAGGAGACUCCAAGGAGAUUCGUUUCCCCCAAAUGGUGACCAACUGCUGUCGUUUCCUGUGCUACUUCUGUCGUAUCAGCCGGCAGAACCAGCGCUCCAUGUUUGACCAUCUGAGCUACCUGCUGCAGAACAGUGGCAUCGGAUUGGGCAUGCGUGGGUCCACCCCUCUGGAUGUGGCUGCAGCUUCUUGCAUCGACAACAACGAGCUGGCCUUGGCGCUACAAGAGCAGGAACUGGAAAUGGUGGUGACGUACCUGGCGGGCUGCGGUCUGCAGAUGUGUCCAAUGCUCCUUUCUAAGGGCUACCCGGACAUCGGCUGGAACCCGUGUGGAGGAGAGAGAUACCUGGAUUUCCUCCGCUUUGCUGUCUUUGUUAACGGAGAGAGCGUAGAGGAGAACGCCAACGUAGUGGUGCGUCUGCUCAUCCGUCGGCCCGAGUGCUUCGGCCCCGCCCUGAGGGGAGAGGGCGGGAACGGUCUGCUGGCCGCCAUGGAGGAGGCCAUCAAGAUCUCAGAGGAUCCAGCGAGGGACGGACCCACCGUCAAAAAAGACAGACGCUUCAUGUUUGGUGGUGAGGAGCAGCAGGAGGAGAACCGUGUCCAUCUGGGAAAUGCCAUCAUGUCCUUCUACUCCGCCCUCAUUGAUCUGCUGGGUCGCUGUGCCCCUGAGAUGCAUCUGAUCCAAGCAGGCAAGGGAGAAGCUCUAAGAAUCAGAGCCAUCCUGAGGUCUCUGGUGCCCAUAGAGGACCUGGUGGGAGUCAUCAGCUUACCUGUGCAGAUUCCUGCCUACGGCAAAGAAAGUCAAAUUAUUGAGCCUAAGAUGUCAGCCAGUUUUGUGCCGGACCACAAGGCCUCCAUGGUGCUGUUCCUCGACAGAGUGUACGGGAUUGAAAACCAGGACUUCCUGCUUCAUGUGCUGGAGGUUGGCUUCCUGCCUGACAUGAGAGCUGCAGCCUCUCUGGACACUGUGGCGUUCAGUACAACUGAAAUGGCCUUGGCACUGAACCGCUACCUCUGUUCAGCUGUUUUGCCUCUGCUCACCAAGUGUGCCCCGUUGUUUGCUGGGACGGACCACCGCGCCAUCAUGAUCGACUCCAUGCUUCACACCAUCUACCGCUUGUCCCGCGGCCGAGCCCUCACCAAGGCUCAGAGGGACGUCAUUGAGGAGUGCCUCAUGUCGCUCUGCAAGUACCUUCGACCCUCCAUGCUGCAGCAUCUGCUCAGACGCCUGGUGUUUGAUGUUCCCAUCCUCAACGAAUACGCAAAGAUGCCUCUCAAGCUUUUGACCAAUCACUACGAGCGCUGUUGGAAGUACUACUGCUUGCCUAACGGAUGGGCUAACUUCGGGGUGACCUCAGAGGAGGAGCUGCACCUUUCUCGUAAACUCUUUUGGGGAAUCUUUGAAUCUUUGGCGCACAAGAAAUAUGAUGCAGAGCUCUUCAAGAUCGCUAUGCCCUGCCUCUGUGCCAUAGCAGGAGCGAUCCCUCCUGACUAUGUGGAUGCUACGUACUCCGCUCACGUGGAGAAGAAAGCCUCUGUGGACGCUGAAGGCAACUUUGAUCCCAAACCUGUGGAGACCACCAACACCAUCAUCCCAGAGAGGCUGGACGCCUUCAUCAACAAGUAUGCAGAGCAUACUCAUGACAAAUGGGCCUUUGAAAAGAUUCAGAACAACUGGACCUACGGAGAGGUGUUAGAUGAGAAUGCGAAGACUCAUCCAAUGCUGCGUCCAUACAAAACCUUCUCUGAAAAGGACAAGGAGAUUUAUCGUUGGCCCAUCAAAGAAUCCAUCAAAGCCAUGCUGGCCUGGGAGUGGACCUUGGAUAAAGCAGGAGAAGGGAGGGAGGGAGAAGUGGAAAAGAAGGCCGCCACACGCAAGAUCUCCCAAACCGCUCAGGCCACUUAUGAUCCCAGUCACGGCUACAACCCUCAGCCGAUAGAUAUCGCAGGAAUGGCUCUCUCCAGAGAGCUGCAGUCGAUGGCCGAGCAGCUGGCUGAGAACUAUCACAACACCUGGGGCAGGAAGAAGAAGUUAGAGCUGCAGGGCAAAGGCGGUGGCACCCAUCCUUUGCUCGUGCCUUAUGACACCCUGACGGCUAAGGAGAAGGCGAGGGACAGGGAGAAGGCCCAGGACCUGCUCAAGUUCCUCCAGCUCAACGGAUACGCUGUGACGAGGGGACUGAAGGACAUGGAGCAGGACAUUUCUUCCAUUGAGAAGCGUUUUGCUUACGGCUUCCUCCAGAAGCUUCUGAAGUGGAUGGACAUCGCCCAGGAGUUCAUUGCUCAUCUCGAGGCUGUGGUUAGCAGUGGCAGAGUGGAGAAGUCCCCUCAUGAACAGGAGAUCAAAUUCUUUGCCAAGAUCCUCUUACCACUGGUAAAUCAGUACUUCAAGAACCACUGCCUUUACUUCCUCUCCACUCCUGCUAAAGUCCUGGGCAGCGGAGGGCAUUCCUCCAACAAGGAGAAGGAGAUGAUUGCCAGUAUCUUCUGUAAGUUGGCUGCUUUGGUGAGGCACAGAGUAUCUCUUUUUGGGACAGAUGCGGGUGCAGUGGUAAACUGUCUGCACAUCCUGUCACGAUCACUGGACGCCAGGACUGUUAUGAAAUCAGGUCCUGAGAUUGUCAAGGCUGUCCUGCGCCAGUUCUUUGAGAGUGCUGCAGACGACAUUGAGAAGAUGGUUGAGAAUCUGAAACUGGGCAAAGUGUCCAGCCGAAACCAGGUUAAGGGCGUGUCCCAGAACAUCAGCUACACCACCAACGCCCUGCUGCCAGUCCUCACGUCACUGUUUGACCACAUCGCCCAGCACCAGUUUGGAGAUGAUGUCAUUUUGGACGACUUGCAGAUAUCCUGCUAUCGUUUAAUGUGCAGCAUCUACUCUCUGGGCACGGUGAAGACUCCACAUGUAGAGAAACAGCGUCCAGCUCUUGGCGAGUGUCUGGCCCACUUAGCAGCUGCGAUGCCCGUGGCCUUCCUGGAGCCAUCUCUGAAUGAGUACAACAUGUUUUCUGUGUACACCACCAAGACUCCCAGAGAGAGAACCAUUCUGGGUCUUCCAAGCCAAGUGGAGGAGCUGUGCACUGACAUCCCCGAGCUGGAGAUCCUGAUGAAGGAGAUCCACGACCUGGCUGAGUCUGGGGCUCGCUACACAGAAAUGCCUCAUGUGAUUGAGAUCACCCUGCCCAUGUUGUGUAACUACCUGCCACGCUGGUGGGAGAGGGGUCCGGAGUGUUUCCCCGAGCAGGAGGGCCAGGUCUGCACCUCCGUCACCUCGGAGCAGCUGAACCAGCUGCUGGGGAGCAUCAUGAAGAUCGUGGUGAACAACCUGGGGAUAGACGAGGCUUCCUGGAUGAAGAGGUUGGCAGUGUUCGCCCAGCCCAUCGUUAGCAGAGCUAAACCAGAAAUGCUAAAAUCCCACUUCAUCCCCACAAUGGAGAAGCUGAAGAAACGCUCAGGGAAGGUGGUGGCUGAGGAAGAUCAGCUGCGCAUGGAGGGGAAGACGGAGGUGGACAGUGAAAACGGGACCAUCAGAGAUGAGUUUGCUGUUCUGUGUCGGGACCUGUACGCUCUCUACCCCUUACUGAUCCGCUACGUGGACAACAACAGGGCAAGAUGGCUGACCUGUCCAGACCCAGACGCAGAGGAACUUUUCAGGAUGGUGGGAGAGGUUUUCAUUUUCUGGUCCAAGUCCCACAACUUUAAGAGGGAGGAGCAGAACUUUGUGGUGAUGAACGAGAUCAACAACAUGUCCUUCCUGACUGCAGACAGCAAGAGCAAGAUGAGCAAGUCUGGAGGCUCAGAGCAGGAGCGUACCAAGAAGAAGCGGCGGGGAGAUCGCUACUCUGUGCAGACCUCUCUUAUUGUAGCAGCAUUAAAGAAGAUGCUUCCUAUCGGCCUUAAUAUGUGCUCUCCUGCAGACCAGGAGCUCAUCAAUCUGGCCAAGAUCAGAUAUUCACUGAAAGACACGGAUGAAGAAGUGAGGGAGUUCUUGCACAACAAUCUGCAUCUGCAAGGCAAGGUGGAGGACCCAGCUAUGCGCUGGCAGAUGUCUCUUUAUAAAGAAAUGUCUGGAAAGGCUGAAGACGCUGAGGACCCUGAGAAGGUGGUGAAAAGGGUGCAAGAGGUGUCUGCUGUCCUUUACCACAUUGAGGUGACGGAGCAUCCCUUCAAGUCAAAGAAAAUGGUUUGGCACAAGCUGCUGUCCAAACAGCGGCGCAGGGCCGUGGUGGCCUGUUUCAGGAUGACGCCUCUGUACAACGUCCCUGCGCACAGAGCCACCAACAUGUUCCUGGAUGCCUACAAACGUAACUGGUUGGAGACUGAAGGUUACUCGUUUGAGGACAAGAUGAUCGACGACUUAUCAAAAGCCCUGGAGGAAGAGGAGGAAGAGGAAGAGGAGACUGAGACAAAGCCUGACCCCCUUCAUCAGCUGAUUCUUCAUUUCAGCCGCACAGCUCUCACAGAAAAGACGAAACUUGACGUUGACCAUCUCUAUAUGUCUUAUGCUGAUAUUAUGGCAAAGAGCUGCCACAUUGGUGAGGAGGACGAAGGGGGAGAACAGGAGGGGGAGGAGCCAUCCUUUGAGGAAAAGGAGAUGGAGAAACAGAGGCUUCUGUACCAGCAGUCCCGUCUGCACAACCGUGGGGCUGCAGAGAUGGUGCUGCAGAUGAUCAGCGCCUGCAAAGGUGAACCAGGAGCCAUGGUUUCUUCCACACUUAAACUGGGAAUCUCCAUCCUCAAUGGAGGCAAUUGUGAUGUACAGCAGAGAAUGCUGGACUAUUUGAAAGAUAAAAAGGAUGUGGGAUUCUUCCUCAGCGUGCAGGCUCUGAUGCAGACCUGCAGUGUUUUGGACUUAAAUGCUUUUGAGAGACAAAACAAGGCUGAGGGACUUGGGAUGGUUUCAGAGGAAGGCACCAAUGAGAAAGUGAUGGCGGACGAUGAAUUCACGUGUGAUCUCUUCCGAUUCCUCCAGCUCCUUUGUGAGGGGCACAAUAAUGAUUUCCAGAACUACUUAAGAACUCAGACAGGCAGCACCACCACCAUCAAUAUCAUCAUCUGCACUGUUGACUACCUGCUGCGACUACAGGAGUCGAUCAGCGACUUUUACUGGUACUACUCAGGAAAAGAGAUAAUCGAUGAACCUGGUAAGAGGAAUUUCUCCAAAGCAAUGACUGUGGCCAAACAGGUCUUCAACAGCUUGACUGAGUACAUCCAGGGUCCCUGCACUGGGAACCAGCAGUCUCUGGCCCACAGCAGGUUGUGGGACGCUGUUGUGGGUUUCCUGCACGUCUUUGCUCACAUGAUGAUGAAACUUGCUCAGAUGCACCCAGAUCCUGGACAACGAAAUGGCGAUCAUUUUUGGAGUAGAGCCCACUCUGAGGAUUCCAGUCAAAUUGGACUGUUGAAGGAGCUGUUGGAUCUGCAGAAGGACAUGGUGGUGAUGCUUCUGUCUCUACUUGAAGGCAAUGUGGUGAAUGGCACCAUUGCCAGGCAGAUGGUUGACAUGCUGGUGGAGUCCUCCAGCAACGUAGAGAUGAUCCUUAAGUUCUUCGACAUGUUCCUCAAGCUCAAGGACAUCGUGGCAUCCGACGCCUUCCGAGACUAUGUGACUGACCCGCGUGGGCUCAUCUCCAAGAAGGACUUCUCCAAGGCCAUGGACAGCCAGAAGCAAUACUCUCCCUCAGAAAUCCAGUUCCUCCUCUCUUGCUCAGAAGCCGAUGAGAAUGAGAUGAUCAACUUUGAGGAGUUUGCCGAUCGUUUCCAGGAGCCCGCCAAAGACAUUGGUUUCAACAUCGCUGUUUUGCUCACAAACCUGUCAGAGCACGUUCCUCAUGACACUCGCCUUCAGAACUUCCUGGAGCAGGCGGAGAGCGUGCUCAACUACUUCCGCCCUUUCCUCGGCCGCAUCGAGAUCAUGGGAGCCAGCAGGAAGAUCGAGCGCAUUUACUUUGAAAUCAGCGAGGAGAACCGCAACCAGUGGGAGAUGCCACAAGUCAGAGAGUCCAAACGGCAGUUCAUCUUUGAUGUGGUCAACGAGGGCUGCGAGAGCGAGAAAAUGGAGAUGUUUGUGAACUUCUGCGAGGACACCAUCUUUGAGAUGAACAUUGCCGCGUCUAUCUCGGAGCCCGAGGGAGACGGGGCGGAAGAAGAAGACGAUGAGGAAGAAGAGGAGGGCGGGGGAGAAGGAGAUUCUGGAGAAGGUGAGGAAGGAGCCGAAGAUGAAGCAGCUCCAGAGUCGGCCUCGGCCUUCGCAGAGUUCCUGAAGAGCGUGGUCGACUUCUUCAACAUGUUCACCUUCCGUAACCUGCGCCGUCGCUACCGCAAACUGAGAAAGAUGACGGUGAAGGAGAUGGUGAUCGGCCUGGUGACGUUCGUCUACACUAUUCUGAUGGGUAUCCUGAUGUUUGUCUACGGCAUAUGUAAGGGCUUCUUCACACUCAUAUGGAAGGUGCUGUUCGGUGGAGGUUUGGUUGAGGGCGCCAAGAAGAUAACGGUGACAGAGAUUCUAGCCAGCAUGCCAGAUCCCACACAGGACGAAGUCCACGGGGAGCUGCCACCUGAACCAGGAGCUCGAGAGGUCCAAGACGCAGAUGGUGGGGCAGAUCUGUUAGAUGUUGGUGGUGGAGAGGAUGAAGAGGAGGACAGUGAGGAGAGGGAAGGUGGACGCCUGCCUGGUUUCAAUGCUCCCGGUGGACUCGGAGACUUUGGAGAGACGACGGCUGAAGAGCCUCCGACUCCAGAGGGCACGCCGCUGCUCAAGAGAAAACUGUUGGAAGCUGCAGGCGGAGGACCAGAAGGAGAGGAACAACAACCACAACAACCACCACCUGUUCAACCUGAAGAAGAAGCUCCUCCAGAGACCGAGAAAGCAGACACUGAGAAUGGAGAGAAAACGGAGAAGGCGGAGCCUGAACCUGAUGUCAAGGAGGAAGAGCCUGAGAUGAAGGAGGAGCCGGCUGUGAAGACGAAGGCCAAGAAGGAGAAGCAACAUGCAGACGAGGGCUUCGAGCUGUGGAACGAGCUGGAGGUCCAGAGGAUUAAAUUCAUGAACUGCCUUUCUCGCAACUUCUACAACCUUCGCUUCUUGGCCCUGUUCAUCGCCUUCGCUCUCAAUUUCAUCCUGCUCUUCUACAAGGUGUCUGACAGUCCCCCCGGCGAGGAGGAAGAGGUGUUUGAGGCUUCUGGUCUGUUCGAGGGCUCCGGCCUGUUUGAAGGCUCCGGUGCUGAGGAGGAUGGGUCCGGAUUAGAUGACGGAGGAGAAGAUGAUGAAGAAGAAGGUCCCAUGUACUACUUCUUGGAGGAGAGCACAGGCUACAUGGAGCCAGCCAUGGCCUUCUUCGGGAUCGUCCACACCAUCAUCUCCUUCCUCUGCAUCAUCGGCUACAACUGCCUCAAGGUUCCUCUGGUUAUCUUCAAGAGAGAGAAGGAGCUGGCCAGAAAGCUGGAGUUUGAUGGUCUGUACGUCACUGAGCAGCCUGAGGACGACGACAUCAAGGGCCAGUGGGACCGACUGGUGCUCAACACUCCAUCUUUCCCAAACAAUUAUUGGGACAAAUUUGUGAAAAGAAAGGUGCUGGAUAAAUAUGGAGACAUCUACGGCAGAGAGAGGAUUGCAGAGCUGCUGGGUAUGGACCUGGCUUCUCUGGACGUCAGUGCCAUGACGCAUGAAAAGAAGCCUGAACCAGACACCUCAAUGUUGAGCUGGGUCCUCUCUAUUGACAUCAAGUACCAGAUCUGGAAGUUUGGUGUUAUUUUCACUGACAACACCUUCCUCUACCUGUGUUGGUACACGUUAAUGUCUCUGCUUGGACACUACAACAACUUCUUCUUCGCUGCUCAUCUUCUGGACAUCGCCAUGGGCGUCAAAACGCUGCGCACCAUUCUGUCCUCUGUCACUCACAACGGCAAACAGCUGAUGAUGACAGUGGGUCUGCUGGCUGUGGUGGUGUACCUUUACACCGUGGUGGCCUUCAACUUCUUCCGCAAGUUCUACAACAUGAGUGAGGACGAGGACGAGCCGGACAUGAAGUGUGACGACAUGAUGACUUGUUACCUGUUCCACAUGUACGUUGGUGUGCGUGCUGGUGGUGGCAUAGGAGAUGAAAUUGAAGAUCCAGCCGGAGAUGAAUACGAGCUCUACCGAGUGGUCUUUGACAUCACCUUCUUCUUCUUCGUCAUCGUCAUCCUGCUGGCUAUCAUCCAGGGUUUGAUCAUUGAUGCCUUUGGAGAGCUGAGAGACCAGCAGGAGCAGGUCAGAGAGGACAUGGAGACAAAGUGUUUCAUCUGUGGAAUUGGAAGCGACUACUUUGACACGACGCCGCACGGCUUCGAGACGCACACCUUAGAGGAGCAUAACUUAGCCAACUACAUGUUCUUCCUGAUGUAUCUCAUAAACAAAGAUGAAACGGAGCACACGGGACAGGAGUCCUACGUGUGGAAGCUGUACCAGGAGCGAUGCUGGGACUUCUUCCCCGCUGGAGACUGCUUCAGGAAGCAGUAUGAGGAUCAGCUCGGAUAACGUCCCGCAUCGAUAAAAUGUUAAAGAGAAAGAGAGGAGAGGAGAGGAGAGAGGAGGGGAGGGAAAUUCAGAGAGAGGAAAGAUUAGAAAUCUAGAGAUCGAACACAUCUAUGUCUUAGUUUUGUCCUUCGUCUGCACAUUUCUCUCCUCCGUUGAAGCUAUGCACACUUUGACUGCACUGUUGUACCACCUGCAGCAGAAUGACGAUGAGAAAAGCAGAAGAAUAAUAUCAGAGAGGCAUAAAAACACACACAAGAAGCCAGGGGUACUUUUUUAUUCCGCUAUGAAUCCACUACAUGGCCUUUUUGGUGUAAAAUAUACAUAGACUGCCUUGCAUAUCAGUGCAUUUAUACAAAACGGGCUCUUUCAGUCGCUACUGCUGUAAACGUUUUAGUGCCUAUAGCAACGUCACUGCUUUUAUUUUAGAUUAGAGUGGAUGUGUUUUAUUUUUAUUGUUAGGUUGUUUUUUUUGUAAGUGGCUGCUGCCAUUUGAUAUUUCAUUUCUGGUGUUUCAGUGAGAGUUUAAACGCG